AUGGAAGCGUUUGACGAUGAUACGGAGUUCGAGCUGCCCGGCAUCUCGCCAUUGUCCGGCACACAGCUAAACACGAACACGUGGCAGAAAACGAUGGCGCAGAGCACUGCGGCGCCGUCGGACCUUGAGCGGCAUGCAGCGCAGAACGGCGAGGAGGACGGGCCACACAAACACUGGACCUGUGUGUACCCGAUAUAUAUCGAUGCAAAGCGACGGUACCGGCAUGGCUGCCGCCGCGUUGCGUAUGAAAAGGCGGCCCUUUUUCCCAGUAGCCAAAUCAUAUCCAAUGCUGCGCAGCAGCUGCGGCUCGCAUUUGUGCACGAGCCGUACCGGUGCCACCCGCAGGACUGGGAGAAUCCUGGACGCGUGAAGAUUCAGCUGCACAAGGAAGAUGGAACUUUGCAGCAUGCAAACCUGCCGACAAAAGAACAGAAAUUGUUGGAAGCACUUGCGGCACAGCUGCAGACGGUCGCCGGCGGCGUGCCGCCGGCGGUGCCUACGACGCACGGCAAGAACAACACGCGCCCCCAGAAUGUGCUGCGCGCGCGGCAGCGCAAGAUCCAGCGCGUUGCUUACGGGCCGCGCUUGCCAGCCAACUCCCCGGCCUUGCCUUCUGGCCUGAUCAACAUGGAUCUCAGCAAAAUGGCCGGCGGGGGCUUGCAGAAUAUGGGACCACUAGGCGGGAUGAUGAGCAGUAUGGGCCUCGGCGACGACGACGACGACAAGCCUGACGACGCCAACACGCCCGCACAGAAACCAGCCCCCGCACUCGGACGCCGCCAGCGGAAACGUGUCGUGCGCAUCGGGCGCUAA